GCUUGAUUAGCGUCGUGCUUCUCUUCCUCGCUUCUUUCAAACAGCCAGCCAGUCUCCGCGGGAGUCAUUGCUAAGAAUUAACGAAGGAAAAACUUGGAAGCAAAAUGGUGUGGGGUCUCUUCCCCGUCGACCCUCUUUCAGGUGAAGAUAAGUACUACAUUUUUAGAUGUGGAAGCUACAAAGUUGGGCGAAAAGAUUGUGAUGUGAUCAUCACCAAAGAUAAAGGGGUUUCACGGGUUCACGCUGAAAUUAUCGUUCAGGCAAUGACUAAUGAGCCCUCUUACUUAUCAUCCAGAGUACUAAUUAGAGAUUGCUCUAAGUAUGGAACAUUUAUUAGCAAGAAUGCGGGGCCCAAGAGAAAAGUUCAUGAGCUUCCAAAUAAAGAAGCAACACUAGAGGAUUGUGAUCUUAUAUCUUUUGGAACUGGUAGUGCAACCUACAGGUUUUCCCAUGUCCCGCUAGUUUUCUUCAUCUGUUCGUUGGAUAAAGCAGAUCAAUCUCUAGAAGAGAGACUUUCAUCAUUUGGUGGUCGCAUUACAAAUGCAAUAGGACAAGAGUGCACUCAUGUGCUGGUGGAUCAGAACAUGCCUUUGAAAGAUGAUCUUGUUGACGCUGUUGUGGCCAGGAAACCUUUGCUUCUCAAAACUUGGGUUGAGGUUGUUGCAGAAAAGAACAUCAGCACUGAAAUUCCUAGCUGUAAUUCCAGCUACAUUCCAACAGUGUCAGUGGAAGGAGCAUCUGUCAGAGUUGUUGACCCUAAAGCUCGUGAACACUGCUUAAAGGGAUAUACAUUUUUGUUGGAAUCAGUUCAUUUGUAUAAAUUUGGAGCCAAGUUAAAAUCUUUACUGGAAGUGGCUGGUGCAAAAAUUGCUUCUUUUGAAGAAUUCUGUACGGAUAGCCAAGGAUUAGAUUAUGGGGAAGAUAAUCGUGUAGUUUGCAUCAUCCCAGGAGGACCAGCAAGCAAGUCUGACCGCUUCAAUAAACAAAGUUCCUUAUCUAGAGUGAAUGAGAUGGACAUAACAUGUGCUGCUUUAAGUGGACAGUUAGAUCAGUCUAUAUUGAUCUCACCCUGUGUACUUGUUUCAUCUUCAUGCUCUACGGAUGAGACAAUAGUAGCAGAUUCCGAUACUGAAGAUGAAACUGCCACAUUAUCCCGUGCGAGGGAGACACUGUGCAAAGGAGAUGAUAUAAAAUAUGAAAAAGCUGACAUAUCAUUGGAUGUUGCUCCUGCCAGAUUUACUAAUAUGAAAUCUGACAGAAGGGAGACAUCCUUGGAUGGUGUUUCUGCCAGAUUGGCAGAAAAAGGUGACGGAAAACAUGAAAAUAGAGAAUCAGCUUUGCAUGACGCUUCUUCCAGGUUGGAUCCGCAAUCUGCCAGCUUCAGGGAAGGUGGUGUUGGUGUAAGAGUGAAGAAAGACGAGGUUGAUGAUUAUGAAAGUAGAAGUUCAGAUAUUAUUUACAGCCAAGAUUUAAUUGUCCGGGAUAUAGAUUCAUCUUCUGGCACAAAUGCUGCAUCAAACAGCAGUCUUCCAAAUUUUAAACGUUUUAGAAAGGUACAUUCAGGAUCAGGGAAUAGUUUCACCAAUCUUGUUCCAUUCGCAAAGUAUCCAUACAAGGACUCUGACUAUGAAAAUGAUGAGAUUAACAAGUCUAUAAAGGAAGAGAAAAAGAGAAAGAAAAUGGAAGCUAUUGCGGAAGACUUGUUUAAUAAUGAGAAGGCGAGAAAGCGAGGCGCAGCUGGUUCUCUUCGAAGCAUUCUUAUUUCAUGAAGGCAGCCAUAUUUAAUUCGUCUGAAUUAUGAUAUGCUUUUGUGUUUAUCUAAUAAUGUAUUGAUCAGAAAGUAUAUUUUCAUUCUGUAGUAACAAAUUCUAAAGUAAUGUGUUAUAUAUUUGGGUAAUUAAUUAAUUCGAAGAAUCGUGGAUUGUUUCUAAUUGAAGUUUUAUUUAUCAAGGAUCA